UCAAGCCCUUAUCCCUUUCUGCGGCAGCCUGGCGCAAUUUUUUCUUGCAAUGGCGGACACAGAAGAAACACCGAUCCUCAAGGUGAAACCCGAAGUGGCUCAUAGCAACAGCGGCUUCGUGCCGCUGCUGCUGCUCAGCAUUCUCUACAUUACGUCAGGUGCCUACACCACCGUGACAGUCUUUACUGGCGAUGGCAUUGCAAAACAGCCAGGCUUUGGCCAGAAAACAGUCCACAUGGGCGAGACAAUGCUUUGGUUGGGAGCAGCUGUCUCCACAGCUGCCUUUCUGCCCCUCUUUGAUAUUUACGGACGCCGCGACCUUCUCUACUUUGCUGGCGUUUUGGGAUUGACAUCAGCGGCCAGCGCACUGCUUGCUACCUCUGCCUGGCUCUAUUUGGUAGCUCAAUUUGGGAUCGGACUAUUCUUAUUUCCCACUGGCCUUACAGCUUGGGUUCUAGCUGCGGAGAGCGUCUCCCCAAAGGUUCACAACCGUAUGUUGGCUGUUUGGAAUAUAUGCUAUUCGCUCUUUGGUAUUUCCAUGGCAGCUUGUUGCCUUAUUAUCAACCGGACGAACAUGAGCUGGAGAAUGGAGAGCGUCUUUUGGUACAUGCCUAUUGUAGGUAGCCUCAUGGUUGGCCCGUUGUAUGUCUCCGAGUCUCCAGAGAUGGCGGGAAAGUCAGACCGAAUUGACAGGAAUGAGAGUAGUUUGAGGGUGUGGCCCAUGGUGGGAUAUUUGGUCGCGACGGCCGUUUGUUGGAGCGCUGUGAGCAUGAGUUUCUACGCCUUGUCAUAUAGCUCCAGUUCCCUAUCUCCAGACAUCUACCUGAACAUGGCCCUUCUAGCAGGGAUUGACUGCGUUGUCUAUGGCUGCGCCAUGCCCAUCAUUGACUGGCUCUCUCCAAAGGGGGCUCAGCUGACCUCCUUGUCUUGCGCAGCUGCCCUGAUGCUGUUUUG